CGUCGGGGCGUUGCUGGGGCGGCCUAAGAUGGCGGCGCGCUGGAGCAGCGAGAAUGUGGUGGUGGAGUUCCGCGACGCCCAGGCGACUGCUAUGUCAGUGGACUGCCUGGGACAGCAUGCAGUGCUCUCAGGCCGCCGUUUCCUCUACAUAGUCAACCUGGAUGCACCAACCGAGGGCCAUCGGAAGAUCUCCCGGCAGAGCAAGUGGGACAUCGGGGCAGUGCAGUGGAACCCACACGACAGCUACGCGUACUAUUUUGCAGCUUCGAGCAACCAGCGAGUUGACCUGUAUAAGUGGAAGGAAGGUAAUGGGGAAGUUUGCACAUCCUUGCAAGGACACACACGUGUGAUCAGUGACUUGGACUGGUCAGUGUUUGAACCAGACCUGCUGGUCACCAGUUCUGUUGACACAUACAUCUACAUCUGGGACAUCAAAGACACCAGGAAGCCUACAGUCUCGCUCUCUGCAGUAGCUGGAGCUUCCCAGGUCAAAUGGAACAAGAAGAAUGCCAACUGUUUAGCAACAAGCCACGAUGGGGAUGUCCGAAUAUGGGACAAAAGGAAACCCAGCACUGCAGUCGAAUACUUAGCAGCUCAUCUCUCUAAAAUCCAUGGUCUGGAUUGGCAUCCUGACAAUGAGUACACGCUGGCCACUUCCAGCCAGGACAACUCUGUCAGGUUCUGGGAUUACCGUCAGCCUCGGAAGUACCUCAAUAUCCUUCCCUGCCAGGUUCCUGUCUGGAAGGCGAGAUACACGCCUUUCAGCAAUGGGCUGGUGACAGUGAUGGUUCCGCAGCUCCGACGAGAGAACAGCCUACUUCUCUGGAAUGUCUUUGACUUGAACACACCUGUUCAUACCUUUGUGGGACAUGAUGACGUGGUGCUGGAGUUUCAGUGGAGGAAACAGAAAGAAGGUUCUAAAGACUACCAGCUGGUUACGUGGUCCCGUGAUCAGACUCUGCGGAUGUGGCGGGUUGACUCUCAGCUGCAGAGGCUGUGUGCUAAUGAUAUCCUGGAUGGAGUUGAUGACCUCAUCGAUGGGAUUUCUCUUCUGCCUGAGCCAGACAAGACCCUUCAACCACAGGACUCUGAGCCCCAACACAGCUCUGGACAUGGGGAUGAGGAAGCCUUAAAAGAAGACUUCCUGAACGACCUCCUGGUGGGAAAGAAAACAGACCAACUGGGGCUGCCUCAAACACUGCAGCAGGAGUUCUCACUGAUCAACGUGCAGAUCCGAAAUGUCAACGUGGAGAUGGAUGCGGUGAAUCGCAGCUGCACAGUGUCAGUGCACUGUGGCAACCACCGAGUCAGGAUGCUGGUGAUGUUCCCUGUCCAGUAUCCCAAUAAUGCUGCACCAUCCUUCCAGUUCAUCAACCCGACCUCCAUCACUGCCUCCAUGAAGGCCAAGCUGCUGAAGAUUCUGAAAGACACUUCCCUGCAGAAAGUGAAGAGGAACCAGAGCUGCCUGGAGCCCUGCCUGCGUCAGCUCGUCUCCUGGCUGGAGUCUGUCGUGAACCAAGAGGACAGCACGUCCAGCAACCCCUAUGCUCUGUCCAACUCCGUGACGACCCCCCUGCCCACCUUUGCCCGGGUCUCCAAUGCCUAUGGCUCCUACCAGGACUCAAACAUCCCAUUUCCACGGACCUCUGGAGCCCGGUUCUGUGGUGCAGGGUACCUGGUGUAUUUCACGAGGCCCAUGACCAUGCACCGUGCAGUGUCCCCAACGGAGCCCACACCCCGGUCCCUGUCAGCUUUGUCAGCAUACCACAGUGGCCUCAUUACUCCGAUGAAGAUCCGUACAGAGACUCCAGGCAAUCUGCGUUUGUACAGCGGCAGUCCCACGCGCAGUGAGAAGGAGCAGGUCUCCAUUAGCUCCUUCUACUACAAAGAGAGGAUGUCUCCUCGCUCUGCCCGGCGGCGUUGGUCCAUACAAGCAAUUAACGACUUCCCGGUACUGUGCGCUGUGCUGAUACUGUCCUUGAUACAACCCUGUCUUCUGCCCAAGGGCCCAAGAAUAAAAUGCCACCUGCCUGCCUUUGAGUAACCUGCACAGAGGUGGGGGACCCGCGCUCCACACAGGGCCUAGGGCUUCAGGAGCACUAAGUGCGUGUGUAAGUGGGCAGGAGCAGACACGAUCUCAAAGGGUACAAACGCUGCCUUAUAUAUGACAUGCCUGUGUCACCUGGCCUUGCAGUCAGGAAAGGAUGCCAAGGGGAAUUUGAAGUUUAAGAAAGGAUCAACCUCUCAGAAGCGUGCGCUAAGAAGAGCGUGCCGCAGAGAAGUUGAGUGAUGAUUAUUAUGCGUCAUCAGGUAACUGAUGAGGCUGACAUGAGAACACCUCAUCUCUGCAAAAGACAAAACCCUUCUGGAGAGGGAGGAGUUCUGGAAAAUAAUAUUAAAGAGCAGCAAGCUGCUGGCAUGGCAUUGCUUAAGAGCUGUGGAAGAAGCAAACCGGUUGAGCUGCUGAUAAUGAUCUGUCAUCCCAUUAAAACGAGCGUGUGUGUUGCACCAGAAAUGCCUUAUUUCCUGGAGCAGUAAGUAGGAUUUCUCCUCGAUUCAUGGUCUUCUCCAGCGCUUAGAAUUGCACCGCUCUGCAUUCAGUCGAGGCGCAACACUGGCUGGUGCUCCCUCCUGCUGGCACCUGCCCUUCCAAGACUGUUUUGACAAGUCAUUUUGCUUUAGUGCACUUGUCUUUAAGGCUUGAAGACAUCAUUCAUGUGAGCGUCUUGAUAAUAUCAGUGUUGCUCAAGCUGCAAUGUGGAUUUGGGCAAUUACUGUUUCAUCAGUCCUCUGCCAAGCACAGGCGAAGCCUAGAAGACUCCAAUUUAAAGAUGAUUUCUUUAGGUCUGCGUGAACAACUGUUUUUCACAGCUGUUUGCCUUCAUGCUAUCUCUUCAAGACAGCAGGGGAUAAAAUGGAAUCCCGUAACACCUAAUUUAACUUGGUAUAAUAGGUCGAGCCUUCCUAAUUACAACAACACUGAGUCUAUACUGUCAAAUAAUAGGUGAGAGAAACCAGAAGAAAUUUACUUGACUCGGAGGCUUUUUGUGAAGAGCUAACGAAAUGUGAGUGGUGGAGGCAAGAAAUGAGGCUCUUCAUUGGAGCAGGAAUUGACUAAAGGAGAGAAAACCAGGCAAGAGCUUGCCAGAGUUUGGUGCAAUAAAUCGUGGUCCACCCAGGACCUCAGUUGAAUUUGCUUUCCACUGGCUUGGAAGGAAGAGCAAGUGCUGAUGUGAUGAAGUUAACUUUUUGUGCAACAUGCUUAUUUUUAGGGUAUGUGGGAUAGUUCAAGCCUGGGCAUACUGAUUGCAUUAGUGGAUAACUGCUGGAAAAGCCUCAUCACGCUCUCCUGAGUGGGCAGCGGUGCCCAAGAUGAAGAUACUUGGAAGAAAAAGAAACACUUCUGCUGGGGGACGUUGAUUUUUGGCCUCUCUGGUGCUGCAGGAGAUGCUGUGAGCCAUCAGUGUGGAUUCUUUGGAAUUCCAGGAUUGGUGGAUUGUGGAUUCUUGGAAGUCCAGGCAGUGCUGCAUGACCUGCACCAGGAUUUAAUCUGCAGGCACUUGUUCAGAGUAAAGGAACCUACAGGGGAGCAGCAAUUUUAAAACUUAAUUUAAAAAAUAAGUUCUUAGAAGCAGCUUGAACCUGGCUUUGAACUUGUUUAACUCUUUAUUUUGUAAAUACCUUAAUGCAGCUUAAUCUCUGGUGUUGAGCCUCUUCUCUUUCGUCCACAGCCUUUCCCUUUGCCCUGCUAACACACCAGCUUACCCUACAAACUGAGGUUUUGCAUACGCUGAUGUGAACCAGGCACUCUGCAUUUCACAAAGUCAACUUCCAGCGCUGCCUGCCUCAGCAGGACCCGCAGGCACACACACCCCACAGCCCAGCAUCCUUUCCAAGUGGGCAUGCAGCACUUUGUACCUACUUCUGCUGAGUAUGCAGUGAUGGUGGUUGCUACGAAGCAGUUGGUGGCUUAUUCUUGGGCUGUCUGUUUCUACAUGUAACCCAUUUACUGCCAUCGUUAUCACCUCAGACUGCAGCAAAUUACAGCCUUGGGUAUGGUAGUGCAGUGCAGGCUGGCUUUUUUAGUCAUCGUUCAGUGCUGUUCCCCGCUGUCACCUCCAACCCCUUGAUUGUCGUAAAUGCUCUGGUUUCUUUCCUUCUGGUGCUCCGAGGAGCUGAUGAGCCUUAAUUUGCUAUUGCCACAGCUAUUUUCUUUCUUUUCUUCCUUUCCUUAAGCUCUCAGGAGCAGGUGGGUAGAUGCAGUUCACCCUGGCCCGGACUCUAGGUUGCAGAUAGGAGUGCUGGGGCAGUGCAGAAGGCCUGUGUCUUUGCCCUUAGUGUUAGUUUGGUGUGUGCAUGCUGACUUGCUUUUGCUCCAACCGUUGUGUUCCCUGCUCCCCUCUGUCACCUGUGCUCUAGCCCCUGGGAAGAGACGUGUCUCCUGUCCCCCCCGCUGCCUGUGAGCCUUGCCUAACACCACAGUGGAAGAUUCUCACUGGAGCAGGCUUGGAAUAGAAGGAAGAGAGGAACCUUGUGGUGGACCUUGGCCAGCCAGACCUGAGCUAGAGCUCUCCUUGCCUUUGAGCCUCUUGCUGCAGAGGCCUACCCGAAUUUUGAAAAAGCAUGACACGUAGAACUGAGGCUGCACCUUUAAUUUUAUGAUUUUCUUUUAUCACAGUUCAAAGGGCAGGAAGCAGUGGUGCUGGCAGGGCGUGUGGUCAUAGGCCAACCUGCUGCUGGAGCUGCACCAGUAGAGGAUUAGGUCUUCCCUGUUGGCCAGUAACCAGGCAGAGCUAGGAGGAAAAAAAGCAGGAGGACUUUGUGAGUUCAGGCUUUCACGGGGCUCUGAUGCAUUUAGUGUCUUCAUUUGUCUGGUGGUAUGCUAACAGCAAGCAGGAAGCCAUUCAUGGGCUCUCUUUUCCAUGCUCAUCCUCAUUUGUUGUCAUUCUCAAAAAAAAAAAAAAAAAAAAAAAAAAGUGACUAAAUUGCCUGUGCAAAGUGGUGUGUGUUGUCCGUGUUCCUGCUCUUUGCAAUACCUGCUGGGAGGCUUCUUCAGCUGGCUCGUGCAGGGGGCAGGAGCAGGUUGAGCUGUUCUCAGUGACAGCGCCGGGUAACGCUCCAUCAGCUGCGACUUGCAGAUGCUCAGGAGGUAGCAAGCUGCUCCCCAAAUUUCCUGCCGAGCGGCUCUGUGCCUGCAAGCCUGCAUUCAGAGGCGGCACAGGGGGCUGCUUUUGGUGAAUACUGCCUGCACUCCUGCCCUGGUGGCACGUCCUCGUUCUGGGGCUCCCAAGCUUUGCUCCAGUGUUGGUUUUGGCAGCAUCAGCAACUCCUUGCUGCACCUCAUCCUGCAGAUGAGGAAGCAGGGACAAGCACCACAGUGGUUUGAGAAUCUUGUCAUCAUACAGUCCACGUCUUUCAGCACAGAAAGGGUAGCGAUGCUUUUAGGUGUUAUCAGAAGGUUUUGUGCCCAAGGGUGAGAGCCAGAGCUGGUCCAGGCAGGGCCUUGGCUGGAAGCUGAUGGAUUGAGGAGUGGUUGAUCUCCCAUCCUGUAGUCACCUUCCACUGCAUGGGCCUCAGUUUGAGCAGUAGAUGAGAUAAAAACUGAAAGCAAAUUGUUUGGAUGGAUCAGAGUUUGAAGGGCUGUAGCUGAGAACAAAAUUAGGCCCUGGCUGUCCAGUUCCCAAAGCGCUGAGCGCUGAGUUUCCAUCUGGUACCUCUGGCUGGGCAGUGUGUGUGCUCCUCUUUACUCUGGGGAGCAGUGGAAGACCAGGCGAGCAGGUGAGGAUCUGUCACGAAGGCAGAAAGGUCCACCUUCACUUCCUUCAAGACUGAAUUGCCUCCUUCACUCACUGCCAAACCUGUGCUCGAGCCUUUGGGCCUCAGCCACUCGUUGUGUGGGAACACAAGCAGUGAAGAAGGCCCUGGUGCUGUGCUUCCCCCAGCUCAGUCUGCUCUUUGGGAGCACUGAUGUGCCUGGGUGAGCUCUGCCUGCCUUGCAGAGCCAGCGGUGCAGCAGGACAGAGGGACUGUGAGCUCUGGCUGUGCUCAGCAGAGCCUCUGCAGCUCAGUGGGACAUGGGAACGCUUCUGGAUAGGAGCAUGUCAGUGAGGGAGCUCACAGCACUGCAAAGCACCACCGCUGCUCGUAGCAGCCAGCGCUUCCUCCUAGAGAUCCUCUGUAGCCUUUGCUUGCCUGUGCUGCACGUCCUCAGCCCUCGUCACUGCCCUCCUGCAGCAAGGAGCUGCCCGAUACUCCACAGGCUGUCUGUGGCCGAGGCAGCGUUACGCAGCGUGGCACGAAGAUGGCCUCUGUGUCUGUUGCGGGGAGUAUUUGGGAUCCUGGCUCCCUGUUUUUUUCCUUCGUGCCGAUUCCUCUCCUUCCUUUUUCCCCCCAGCUGUGUGCCCUGAGCCAGCUGUGAGCAUGGUAGCUGAGGGUCCUUGCUAGGAAAACGUGGGCCCUGCUUUAUCAUCUGCCAUUUGUUUGAAGCUCUUGAUAAAGCAGGAGAGGUGAUCUCAGACCAAAGGAGAGUCUGGAGCUGUCGGCCCUGCCUGAAGCCGAGGGCAAACAGAAGCUGGCUCCUGCUCGUCUCUGUGCUGAGCGUUGGCCGAAGCCAGCGGUGGUCUGUGUGCAAGGCUUCCCAGACCAGACCUCUAACGAGUGCUAAUUGAACCAUAUCCUGCCAAACCUCCCCGGGUCUGAUUGGCAGCCCGAUGCCGAUUUGUUUCUUAUUGGCUUUCACUGGAGAACUCACUGAAUACUUUUUGAGUGAGUUUGACCUUGAGCUCGUUGCCUUGACCUGCUUUUCACUUCCUACAGAUGGAGAUGCUUGUUCUCCUGGGCAUGUCAUGGAUGUUUUCCAGGGUGACACAGAGCCUUCUGAAAGGCGGGUUUGGGUGCUGCUUGCAUUAUUCCUGACCCUAGUGCUUUGUUCCCUGGCCCACGAGGGCUGCUGUCCUGCUCCCCAGUAACACGCUGCC